UUGGUUAUUCUAAUAAGCUAUACCCUAAACCCCCCGAGCACUUCCCUUUCAGUUCACCGCCUCCAUCCUCCCUCUCUCUCUUUCCAACAUCGCCGGCUCUUCGGCUCCUCGGCCUGUCUUCUUCCUAGGCCCUAGGGCUCCCUCAAACUCACAGUUUCUGACAACAAACCGAAAGCGACAAAUUCUGAGUAGCUAUGCCGCAGGGAGAUUACAUAGACCUCCACAGGAAGCGGUAUGGGUACCGUCCUGACCACUUCGAGCGAAAGCGCAAGAAGGAGGCUCGUCUCGUUCAUAAGCGUUCUGAAACUGCUCAGAAGGCUCUGGGUAUCAAGGGUAAGAUGUUCGCUAAGAAGCGCUAUGCUGAAAAGGCUCUCAUGAAGAAAACGUUGAUUAUGCAUGAGGAGUCAUCGACUAGGCGCAAGGUGGAUGAUGAUGUUCAUGAAGGUUCUAUUCCAGCAUAUCUGCUGGAUCGUGACACCACAACACGUGCGAAAAUUUUGAACAACACUAUUAAGCAAAAGCGGAAGGAGAAAGCUGGGAAAUGGGAAGUCCCUCUGCCUAAGGUAAGGCCUGUGGCUGAAGAUGAGAUGUUCAAAAUUCUUAGAUCUGGGAAACGCAAAACCAAGCAAUGGAAGAGGAUGGUCACAAAAGCCACAUUUGUGGGACCUGGUUUCACAAGAAAACCUCCCAAGUAUGAGCGAUUUAUCCGUCCCAGUGGGUUGCGAUUCACCAAAUCUCAUGUGACACAUCCUGAACUUAAAGCCACUUUUAACCUUGAGAUCAUUGGUGUGAAGAAGAAUCCUAACGGUCAAAUGUAUACAUCUCUUGGUGUCUUGACCAAGGGAACCAUCAUUGAGGUGAAUGUCAGUGAACUAGGUCUAGUCACACCUGCCGGGAAAGUUGUAUGGGGGAAGUAUGCUCAGGUGACAAAUAAUCCAGAGAACGACGGGUGUGUUAAUGCAGUUCUGCUCGUUUAAGAGGAUCACUUGAUGAACAUCACUGAAUUGUGGAGUGGACUUCUGGCCUUGCAUCUGGUACAUGUUCUGGCCGAAACGCUCUCACUCCUAAUGUUUGAGACGAAAAACUAUAUGGUUAUAAACCAACGCUGUAUCAUUUAGUGGAUCUCAAAACUUUGCACUGUUAGUGCAUAUUGUGGCUGAUUGAGAAUAGUUUAUUUCCAAAUUAGUAUCAACCGAGAAAUUUUUCCUCCUGACGUGGUCAUUUCUUGGUAGCACAAUUUGUAUUGAUUAGUCUAUAAAUUUUAUUUUCCCAUUUAGAUUU